AUUUUUUUUUCACACAGAACACACACUUAUUCUCUUCCCUUCUUAAUUUUUCCACCAUUCCCUCUGGUCAAGAAAUUCUCGGUUUCGAUUCCCAUUUCCGAUCUUCGUCCUCCAAACAGAGCCCUCUGUUUUCUCAGCUACUAAGCCGAAAAUGACGAACCAAAAUGUGGUUGUUUCCGACGCCAACAUGGCGGUAGCGGUGGCGGUUUCCGGUUCAUCCAUUUUCAACACGGCGGCGCAGAAACCGCCGCCGGCGCCGGGAACUUACAUCACCCUAUCGAAGAAGAAGUUCCUCCAGAAUCUGGACAUCAAUUCCGGCGCCAGAAUCAACGCCUGGGUCGAUUCAAUGAGGGCUUCUUCGCCAACACACAUCAAAUCCGACGACCAACUCCCCUGGACCAUGCAGCACCCGUCGGCGCUGGACCUGUUCGAGGAAAUCAGCAGCGCCUCCAAGGGGAAGCAGAUCGUUAUGUUCCUCGACUACGACGGCACUCUUUCCCCCAUCGUUGACGAUCCGGACAGGGCCUUCAUGUCCGAAUCGAUGCGGGCGACAGUGAGGAAGCUCGCCAGAUACUUCCCAACGGCCAUAGUGAGCGGGCGAUGCAGGGACAAGGUUUACAAUUUUGUGCGGUUGGCGGAGCUUUACUACGCCGGCAGCCAUGGGAUGGACAUCAAAGGUCCGUCCAAGGGCUGCAAAUAUAAGGAUGCUCAAGCAGUUCUUUUCCAGCCUGCUAGUGAUUACCUUCCCAUGAUUGAUGAGGUUUAUAAAGCACUUUUGGAAGUGACAAAAGACACUCCUGGUGCUAAGGUUGAGAACAACAAGUUCUGUGUUUCGGUGCAUUUUCGCCGUGUUGAUGAGGAGGAAUGGACUGAACUUGCCAAGCGAGUUGGAUUGGUGCUGGAAGGUUAUCCGAGCCUGCGUUUGACCCAAGGAAGAAAGGUGUUAGAGAUUCGCCCGACUAUUAAAUGGGACAAAGGGAAGGCUCUUGAGUUCCUGUUAGAAUCUCUCGGAUAUGCCAAUUGUGCAGAUGUAUUCCCAAUUUACAUUGGCGAUGAUAGAACUGAUGAAGAUGCCUUUAAGGUGUUGAGGGAAAGAGGUCAAGGAUUUGGUAUUCUUGUUUCAAGAACUCCAAAAGACACCAAUGCAUCUUACUCUUUGCAAGAGCCAUCUGAGGUGAUGGCAUUCUUGCGCCGCUUGGUAGAGUGGAAACGACUAUCGUUAAGGAGACAGUUCAGAAUGAGGAGACGUCUAGAGGAGAUCAAGAUAACAAUAUGAGAGUGUAUUGUAUUUUUGUGGAAAAUUGUAUAUUUUCCAUAGCAUAGGUUAAAGAAUGACUGGUCUGGGUAUAUAUAUAACCUUUGUUAGAGUUAAGUGAAUAUUAGGGAUGAUGGGCAAAAAGGGAUGAAUAUAAAAGAAUCCCUUGUGUUGUAUUGGCACAAAACAAAGCCCUUGUACAUUAUUUUGAUUGUAAUUAGAAGGAAUGUACGAGGGCAUAUUUGUAAUCCAAGAUGUUGGUUAUCCAAAUCCAAGUGAAAUAGAGAUGGCCUCUUUUGAUUU